CCUAGAUAUGUAUUAUUGAUGAGUCUUCUAACCAUUGAAAUCAAGUGUCAAGAAAGUUAUUUAUUUUUUCUUUCUUAUCUCUUUAUAAGAUUAAUUUCAUUUUUUACUAGAAAUAGACCGAAUAAACUACCUUGGACGAUAAAAUUUUGUAUCACUUUCAUAAUGCAUAAAUAGCUACAUAUUAGAAAGUUAUGAUUGUUCUGUUUAUAUUGUUUACUAAUUUCAAGUUGUAGUCGCAUAAUAAAUAUUUGUAUUUUAUAGAUUAAAAUUAUUCAAAUUUAUUGAACAAUAAUAAAGACAGUAUAAUUAUUGAUGGAAUAAAAAAAUGUCACAACAAACAGCUCUUGUACAAACUACCAGCGCAGGAUCCGACAUGACACCUGUACUUGGUAGCAUACAAUCGAUUGGACCUAAUACUCAGACAACAUCUACUGUGCCUAAUAUCCAAAGUAGUAACACGGUAACGCAACAACCAUCUACACAACAACAGCAGCAGCAGCAGCAGCAACAACAAAGUUCGUUUAAUGAUUUUCCACAGUUUUUGACUAAAACAAGAUUACAAGAUCUUGUGAAAGAGGUAGAUCCAACAGAACAAUUGGAUGAAGAAGUUGAGGAAAUGCUUUUACAGUUAGCGGAUGAUUUUGUAGAAACAACUGUAAAUGCAGCAUGUCUGUUAGCUAAACACAGACAUGCUAAUACGGUAGAAGUAAAAGAUGUUCAAUUACAUUUAGAAAGGAAUUGGAAUAUGUGGAUCCCUGGUUUUGGUACAGAUGAAGUACGUCCGUACAAACGAGCAACAGUUACAGAGGCACAUAAACAGAGAUUGGCUCUUAUACGAAAAUCAAUCAAAAAAUAUUAGUCUUCCUGUAUAUUUUACCAUCUAUAUUAGUUAUUUUUAUUGUUAUGUGACAUUUUUUUUAAUAUUUACAUGACAGUACACUUAUAAUAAUAUGCGUCACUAUUUGUAAAAAAGAUGAUAAGUAUAAAUUAUGCAUAUAUAGUU